ACAUCCCCCACGACGAGCUCCACUACAUCAAGCACAACUACAACAUCGCCCACGACGAGCUCCACUACACCCAGCACAACUACAACAUCGCCUACAACGAGCGCCACGACCUCAAGUACCACAACAUCGACGACAACAACAACGAAAUUCUCAGGUUAUUAA